ACUUUGCAUUUUUCGGUCGGGUUUGAGCGCCGGUCGGCUAGGCCAUGGUUCUGGGCUAGCCAUCUACCCAGCGAUGGUAGACUUUACCCAUGCAUGGGUAAGUGAUCCUGGGAUUCCAGAAUCAUGCUACCCAGCGAUGGGAAGAUCUUCCCAUCGAUGGGUAAGCAGUCCCUCAACGAAACUGAUUUCCAGAACCAUGCCAAACAGCGAUGGGAAGUUCUACCCAUCGCUGUUAAAGCCUUGGUGCAACAUUACCACAAGGCAGAAUGCCCUUACCCAGCGAUGGGAAGGCUUAACCAUCGAUGGGAAGGCAUGACCGUUGGGAGUCAUUUAAGGCUGAUUCUUUCCUUAUUUGAAAGUCAACCUCCCACCCAGCGAUGGGAAGCAUUUACCCAUCGAUGGAGAAAAGGCAUAGCAUUAAAAGCCUCCAAAGAACCGACAAUGAAUGACUCAAGCGACGAAGAUGAAGUCAAGCUAAUCAUGAAGAAGUUUUGCAAACUUCUAAAGAAAGAGAAGGUUGAGGAUGGCCCUGUGUGCUAUGGAUGUGGUGAAGCCGGGCACAUCAAGAAUAAAUGCCCAAGAAGCGGAAGGAAUGCUCGUCACUUCAAAAAGCAAAGAGCAUACAUCUCUUGGGGUGGCGACUCCGGUGAAGAGUCAAGCGAACAAGAGGAAGAAGAGGAAGCAAACCUUUGUCUCAUAGCUCAAGAAGAAGAGGAGUCCACCAACAACGAAAACCAAGAGGGUAGGACAUAUAGCUCCCGUGUGUUUCACUAGACAUAGGCACUUGACCUUUAAUGAAACACACACCAUAUUUAGUGCUGACGAAAAGAAAUCUUUUGGAAAAGG